AUGAUGAUUGCUAUUGGAAGAGUAGGCUUUAUGCUUCUAGGCUUUGGCUUCAUAGCUCAGAUUAGUGCGGCAGAAUUUAUUUCAUCAGGCAUCAUUAUGAGGGAUACUAACUGUGAGACUGUCAACUUUGAUCAGGGAAUGAGUAGUGUAGAAGCUAGUUUAGUUAAUACUGAUCAAGCGAUGAUGUCAAAGUUAGUGGCAGGUGUCAUUUCGUGCCUCUGCUUAACGGGUGAGAGUGGAGAUGCAUCCUUUGCCUUGAAUGAUAGGAAUUUUAGGCGGUCACUCAAGAACGCCCUGAAAUACUUUAUCAGAAACAGGGACGAUUUGCUCGAUGCUUUCAGUAGGUUUGAUGCGAUGGCUGCAGAUGUUAUGAGGAUAACAGAUCAAGACUCAAAAACACCGCAGGAAAUUGAGACAUUAGGUAUUCUUAUGGGCAACCCAACCUUCCGAGGAUUUAUGUCUCGUGUUGGUUCUGCUUUAAAAGAUUACUCAAGGGCAUCGAAUCUUUACCGACGGAGAAAUGGAUUGUCAAAAAUUGAAGACCGCAAACAAGAGUUUUCUACACUUCUGAAGCUAUUUCUCCAGAAAGAUUUAGCAGCUGAUCCUCAGAAUGAGAAAAGGGCCCGGUUGUCGUACGAAGUAUCACUUGUCGAUGAGAUCCUGGGUUCUUUUGAAGAUGAUUUAAGUCCAAAUCAACGACAAAUCGAACUAGUCAACCAAGCUUAUCAGAAAAUUUCAGAUAAUGCUCGCAACAUUUCAGCUCUGUAUCGUUUGGUGAUGACAAUACCGUCUAAUUGCAGCAGUAGUACAAUUGACGAAAUAUUUAAUUCUUUUAUUGAAGAGCUUACGCGUAUUUGCGACAGAUUCUCGGCUGAUGAUUAA